AUGGCCACCGAAACGUUCGAGUUUCAGGCUGAGAUCUCUCAACUCCUUUCCCUCAUCAUCAACACCGUCUACUCCAACAAAGAGAUCUUUCUGCGGGAACUGAUCUCAAACGCCUCCGAUGCGUUGGACAAGAUUCGAUAUGAGGCUCUGUCCGACCCAAGCAAAUUGGACUCUGGCAAAGACCUCCGAAUCGACAUCAUCCCAGACAAAGAGAACAAGACACUCACCAUCCGGGAUACCGGUAUUGGCAUGACCAAAGCUGAUCUAGUCAACAACCUCGGUACCAUUGCCCGAUCCGGUACCAAGCAGUUCAUGGAAGCAUUGACUGCUGGCGCUGAUAUCUCCAUGAUUGGUCAAUUCGGUGUCGGUUUCUACUCCGCCUACUUGGUCGCCGACAAGGUCACCGUUGUCUCCAAACACAAUGAUGAUGAACAAUACGUCUGGGAGUCGAGUGCAGGCGGCACCUUCGUUAUCAAGCAAGAUACAGAGGGUGAGCCGCUAGGUCGCGGAACCAAGCUGAUUCUCCACCUCAAGGAGGAGCAGCUCGACUACCUGAACGAGUCCAAGAUCAAGGAAGUCGUCAAGAAGCACUCUGAGUUCAUCUCCUACCCUAUCUACCUCCACGUGACGAAGGAGACCGAGAAGGAGGUCCCCGACGAGGACGCUGAAGAGGUCGAGGAAGACGAGGAGAAGAAGACCAAGGUCGAAGAAGCCGACGAGGACGAAGACAAGGAGAAGAAGAAGAAGACCAAGAAGAUCAAGGAGAUCAAGGAGGAAGAGGAAGAGCUCAACAAAACGAAGCCGAUCUGGACUCGCAACCCAUCCGAGAUCACCCAGGAAGAGUACGCGGCCUUCUACAAGUCCCUCUCCAACGAUUGGGAGGACCACCUCGCCGUCAAGCACUUCUCGGUUGAAGGUCAGCUUGAAUUCCGCGCCAUCCUCUUCGUCCCCAAGCGUGCUCCAUUCGACCUCUUCGAGACCAAGAAGACCAAGAACAACAUCAAGCUCUACGUCCGACGUGUCUUCAUCACCGAUGAUGCUACCGACUUGAUUCCUGAGUGGCUCGGCUUCGUCAAGGGUGUCGUCGAUUCGGAAGAUCUUCCUCUCAACUUGUCUCGUGAGACCCUUCAACAGAACAAGAUCAUGAAGGUGAUCAAGAAGAACAUUGUCAAGAAGUGUCUCGAGCUCUUCAACGAGAUCGCCGAGGACCGUGAGCUCUUCGACAAGUUCUACUCGGCCUUCAGCAAGAACAUCAAGCUUGGUAUCCACGAAGAUGCUCAGAACCGCCAGGCGCUGGCGAAGCUGCUCCGUUUCAACUCGACCAAGUCGGGUGAUGACGCCACCUCCCUGACGGACUAUAUCACCCGCAUGCCGGAGCACCAGAAGCAGAUCUACUACAUCACCGGCGAGUCUCUCAAGGCUGUCCAGAAGUCUCCCUUCCUUGAUGCCCUCAAGGAGAAGAACUUCGAAGUCUUGUUCUUGGUUGACCCCAUCGAUGAGUACGCCAUGACCCAACUCAAGGAGUUCGACGGUAAGAAGCUGGUCGACAUCACCAAGGACUUUGAGCUCGAAGAGACCGAGGAGGAAAAGAAGGAGCGUGAGCAGGAAGAGAAAGAGUUCGAGGGCCUCGCCAAGAGCCUCAAGAACAUCUUGGGCGACAAGGUCGAGAAAGUCGUUGUCUCUCACAAGCUCACCGGCUCUCCAUGCGCCAUCCGUACCGGUCAGUUCGGUUGGUCGGCCAACAUGGAGCGUAUCAUGAAGGCCCAGGCCCUCCGUGACACGUCCAUGUCUUCGUACAUGUCCUCGAAGAAGACCUUCGAAAUCUCUCCCAAGUCUCCUAUCAUCCGUGAGUUGAAGAAGAAGGUCGAGACUGACGGCGAGAACGACCGCACCGUCAAGUCCAUCACCCAGCUGCUCUUCGAGACCUCUCUGUUGGUGUCUGGCUUCACCAUUGAAGAGCCUGCCAGCUUUGCUGAACGCAUCCACAAGCUUGUCUCGCUCGGUUUGAACAUUGACGAGGAAGCAGAAGCCACCGAGGAGAAGCCGGCUGAGGCUGAAGAAGCUCCGGCCGCCGAGGCUUCCGGUGAGACUGCCAUGGAGGAGGUCGACUAA